UCAAUAAGCACAAAGAUUAAAAACCUCCUCGAAGCAGGCGAUAACCUCUAAAGUGCCUUCAGACUGUAAAAUUCUUGGAUUUUGUAAAGGACGGUGCUUUUUGGCCUUAUUUAACGAAUCAUGAAGAGGAGAUGGCUGAAGGGGAAAGGAAAAGAAAGUUGUUAAACCAGGAUGGGAAGAGGAGUAGAUCCUGUGGAAAGUGGUAAAGUUUAACAUCAGUUGACUCCUAUACCACAGGAUCCAGGUGACUGAUCCACAUAUUAAAAGAAUAUGGCUGCACAAAUAUCAGAAACUGAUCAGAUUAAACAGUUUAAAGAAUUUCUUGGAACUUACAAUAAACUCACAGAAACUUGUUUUCUGGAUUGUGUUAAAGACUUCACAACAAGAGAGGUCAAACCAGAAGAGUCUACCUGCUCAGAACACUGCCUACAAAAAUAUUUAAAAAUGACACAAAGAAUAUCCUUGAGAUUUCAAGAGUAUCAUAUUCAACAGAAUGAAGCUCUGGCUGCCAAAGCAGGACUCCUUGGCCAACCACGAUAGAAAAGUGUUUAUGGAUGGACCUUUCCAUAAAGCAGUGCCAAAAGUUGUUGCAUUGGAAGUGGCAGUUCUUUUGAUCUUAAACUGUUGUGGAUAUUUUCACCAUGUCAAUGAUUGUGAGCAUUUGGCAAGUGGAAACCAUUGGAGAAACAAAUGUGCUUCUUACCAGGAAUAAGCAAAGUACAAGAUCUUGUCUUAUUGUGCAAUGAAAAUAUUAAGAUGCAGUGGGGCCUUAAAAUUCAACAGCUUGGCCACUUGAUUAGCAAAAUAAACCAUUGUUUCUUCAA